AUGAACACUUCCUUCUCCUCAGUGUUUCCAGCACAGGGGAUCUGGGUGACAGCCAGUGAUGUGACAGAGGGAGACCCUCCGCAGCCCGUCCCCAGGGCUCAGGGCCUUUCUGCAGCAGCCAGUGUCGCUGGGGCUACCCAACGAGGCCGAAACACCUGCAGGACAGCAGGGGACCCUUUCCCAAACAUGAAUGACACCUUCCUGCUGCCUCUCCGCAUCAAUACUCAAGCCCUAGGCCUGACCCAGUGCGUGCUGGGAUGCCUGUCCUGGCUCACCUGCAUGGCCUACUUCCUGAGGAGCCAGACACAGCACAUCCUGUUCAACAACAGCAGAUGCAAGCUGCUCUGCCAGAAGAUUUUGGAGAAGAUGGGUGUCCUGGUUCUCUGUGCUUUUGGAUUCUGGAUGUUUUGUAUACAUGCACCAUCGAAAAUGGAAGUCUGGCAGGAUGACAGCGUAAAUAGUCCAUUGCAGAGCUUGAGUCUGUACCAGAAGGUGCGACAUCACAGUGGGGAAAUCCAGGACCUCAGAGGCAGCAUAAACCUGGUCAUUGCCAAGCUCCAGGAGAUGGAAGCCAUGUCAGAUGAGCAGAAAAUGACCCAGAAGAUCAUGAGGAUGAUCCAGGGAGAUUACAUCGAGAAGCCAGACUUCGCCCUGAAGUCUAUAGGAGCCAGCAUUGACUUCGCACACACAUCGGCCACGUUCAACCACGACAAGGCGCGCUCCUACUGGAACUGGAUCCGGCUGUGGAACUACGCGCAGCCCCCGGACGUGAUCCUUGAGCCCAACAUGACACCCGGCAGCUGCUGGGCCUUCGCGGGUGACCGUGGCCAGGUGACCGUCCGGCUGGCCCAGAAGGUCUUCCUGUCCAACAUCACGCUGCAACACAUUCCCAGGACCAUCUCGCUGUCGGGCAGCUUGGACACCGCCCCCAAGGACUUCGUGGUCUAUGGCAUGGAGAACUCUCCCAAGGAGGAGGCGUUCCUGGGGGCGUUUCAGUUUCAGCCAGAAAACACCAUUCAGAUGUUCCCGCUCCAGAACCGUCUGAACCGGGCUUUUGGUGCAGUCAAGGUGAAGAUCUCGAGUAACUGGGGGAACCCACGCUUCACCUGCCUGUACCGUGUGCGCGUGCAUGGCUCUGUGACGCCGCCUGGAGAGCAGCCUAGCUAGGACCCCACCCCAGAGACCAUUACCGAGCACACGCCGAGCACCCAGGCACCUUCGCAACAGCCCCAGAAGGCCCAUGCCACAGAUGGGGACAGCAAGUACUACCUGGGUCCUGUGUCGAGGGAAGCGCCGUAUGGCUCUCACGUGAUGAGUGUGAGCUGCUUCGCACACGCGGAGGGAAGGGGAGGGGCCACACUGUCCGUGGGUGAUGAGUGCGAACUGCCUCGUGUACCGGGGAGAGAGGUCACAUCGCGCGCGGCGACGAAGCGGCCCUGCUUCGCGCCUAGGAAGGGUCGCGUCGCGCCGUGCCUCUGGGAGGAGUGUGGGCGGCUCUGCACGCGCGAGAAUGCAGGGCCACGUUGCCCGAGCGUGAGGGGCGUCAACGGCUUCGCACACAGGAAGGGGCGUGAUCGCUGUCCCCGCGUGACGAGUGACAAAGAUGCGGCAACUCUGAAACCUGAGUAUGCCAGGCCCUGGGUGUCAGCCCUGCCUCUGCCUCAACAUGAGCAGAUCACUCCAGAAGUCCUGUGUGGCUUUCAGCGCAGCCGGGCCUGUGAAAUCGGAAUGCAAUCCUGUCGAGCCUCCCGCUUCCUGUCACUCUUCAAAACAGGCCUGUGCCGUCAGAGGCCUGUGUGGCAUGCUGUAUGUCCUCGGGAGUCUCUGGCUCACUCCCAGAGCCAGGGCACCAGUGGUGCCACCCUUGAGGGUGAGGUGCAACGGGCCACAGCCACUCGGAGCAGCCUGCAUGUCCUCACGGGCUCCACAGACACCGGGAAGGGCCCUGCCCACCAGCAACACCGCCCCAAGCCAGCUCCAGACCUUCUGGGAGCUGGGGACAGCGACUCCUGGGUGGAAGGGACCCUCCUUAUUGUCCCACCCCAGACCUUCACAGCUGCAGAUUCCCUGGGCUGA